ACACGGAAUCCACGUGUGGGUUAGAUAAAGCGAGUAGGGCAGCAAACGCGUACAGUUUAAUCCCGCCCAUUUCUCCAAAAAUAACAAAAAUAAAAUCGCGCUCGCAACGGUCUCUUCCGGAAACAAGUAAAGAAGCUAAAGGAGAUCGGAUGGUGUGUCAGCUAAUCUUAUAUUCCCCUGAUUGUACUUAGAAACAAAAUCAAAGAGGAAAAGAAAAGUUUAAACUAAUACAGAGACUGUGUAAUGAUGGUGCGCGUUUUGGUAGAGAGACGAUGCGUGGCUCCGGUGACGGUUAAGGACGAUGGUGGUCAUAAUCUCCGUCAUAAUCACGGCCAUGGCCGCGAUCAUGAUGAUCUUGAUUUUUAUGAAUAUAAUGAUGAUUAUGAUUAUGAAGGUAGUGUUGGACAGAAGCUUACGUAUGCGAGGCUUCCCCAAACUCAGCUCACGCUCUCUGUUUUCAAGCUCGACGGUUCUUUCUUCGAUGUGCAUGUUGCGAGGAAUGUCACAGUGGCAAAGCUUAAAGAAGCCAUAGAGGAAGUUUUUGCUUCGUCACCAAGGGACGGCCAAGGACAAAUUUCAUGGAUGCAUGUUUGGGGACAUUUUUGCUUAUCAUAUGAAGGUCAAAAGUUGGUUAAUGACAAAGCUCGCAUUCGGGAUCUUCGGAUCAAGGAUGGUGAUCAGCUUCAAUUUGUUAGGCAUAUGUCCAUCGACUACUUACAUUCAAAAAGACUGGCUAGAACUCAGAGUGCUGCUUCCACCAAGCUUUCAAUGUCAUCAUCAGGGUCAGGUGCUCAGAAAGAGACAAGAUAUACUUGUCUUGCUGAUAAAGACAAUUUAGAAAAUCAAGAGGACAGCAACAGCUACUACAACCAUGAACAUAUGGAGGAAAUAACUGCACCAGAGUUCAAACUGGCUCACUUCCUAAGAGGGUGGUUUUCAUGCGCCAGAUUGUGGGGCGUUUCAAGAAGGACAUCAGAAGGCAAGAGCUGUCCUUCCAGAUUCGCUCGACAUUACUUAGGGUGUGUUGUACCACGGGAGGGUACAGCUUUGACACUAAUUAGGCAUGGUUAUAGAAUGUAGUAGGCCAGAGUAAGAACAGUGCAUCUUGAUCUCUCCAAUCUAAGGAGUCAGGAAACUCAGAACUAGUUCACUGUUCAUAUUUUCUGGCUCUGUACAUUGGAUGUUAGAUGUUCACUGAAAGCAGUUCUUUUGUUUGAUCAUUCUGUCGGUUUCACCAGGUGAGAUUUUGAGAUUUGCAAUGGCUGAGCAGAAUGCAUAGCCUUAUCAUAUUCGGGGUUUUUUGCUGGUUUAGUAUUCUUGAAUUGAUGACAAUUAUUUCAUUCAUUUGCUUAUAGUUGUCACUGUAUCUAAUUCUAUCAAAUGGCAAUAAAUUCUUUUUAUUAAUAGAUACUUUCACGUCA